UUCCCCACCUCCGCUCUCCGUCCCGGCCCCCGCUGCCGGAGACGCUGCGGAGGGAGCGAGCCGUGCCCUCUGCCAUGGAGGCCCGGUACAACCUCAAGAGCCCGGCUGUCAAACGUUUGAUGAAAGAGGCUGCAGAACUGAAAGAUCCUACAGAUCAUUAUCAUGCACAGCCUUUGGAGGAUAAUCUUUUUGAAUGGCACUUUACUGUUAGAGGCCCUCCAGAUUCAGAUUUCGAUGGAGGGAUUUAUCAUGGGCGAAUAGUACUACCACCUGAAUAUCCCAUGAAACCACCCAGCAUUAUUUUGCUGACGGCCAAUGGCAGGUUUGAAGUGGGGAAGAAAAUUUGUUUAAGCAUCUCAGGGCAUCAUCCUGAAACGUGGCAGCCUUCGUGGAGCAUAAGAACAGCUUUACUCGCCAUUAUUGGAUUUAUGCCAACCAAAGGUGAAGGAGCAAUAGGAUCUCUAGAUUAUACACCAGAAGAAAGAAGAGCUCUUGCAAAGAAGUCACAAGACUUCUGUUGUGAAAUGUGUGGCACAUCGAUGAAGACAGCCCUUUUACCACUAACAUCCGGAAGUGUGUCAAGCCAGGCGGACAAGGAGGCUAAAGAACUUGCCAGACAAAUUAGCUUCAAGGCAGAAGUCAAUUCAUCCAGGAAGUCUGAUGCUGGACCCUCAAACACGUCAGGAUUGAACCACUCUGUUGCUUCACGUGAGCCCCAGCAGGAUGGUGCAGCUAGAGCAUUCCAGGAUCCAACAAGUGCAAUGUCUGAAACACAGAAUAGCAGUGCAGCGGCCAGUCAAGAGCAUACUCCACCUGUGUCCACUAACAUGUCUAUGAGUCCACGGCAGCGCCGUGCCCAGCAGCAGAGUCAGAGACGGGCUCCAUCUUCAACUGAUUUUAAUCGGGUACAGCAACCAAGAGUCAACAUGAACCACACUGGAUCAACUGUUCUGAUUGUCCUUCUGACUUUUGCAUUGGCAGCUCUUAUAUUUCGUAGAAUAUGUUUGGCUAACGAGUAUAUAUUUGAGUUAUAAGGCUGUUUGUCAAAACAGCAGUGACUUGAAUGCUUCGUUGAACAUUCUGUGUUGGGUAUGACAUGAGAACUGUUUACAAAGAUUACUUUUUGUAUUUACGCUUAAAUCCUUAUGAAUGUUAAUGUACCUGCAGAUACAUUACUUGUGAGAAAAGCAAAGUUGGACAUUUAGCUACAAGUGUUAACUGAGUGCCCACUAGAUACUUGGAGAAACAGUGCAGUGGAAUAGUAACAUUAAGGCGUGUGGGAGGGGAGUCAAUCUGAGUAAUUUAUUAACUAAAAAAAGACAAUUUAGGAAAAGUGGUGGAUUCACUUUUUUAUGGAACAUAAUUGCAAUUAAUCGCCCUAAGUUAGUAUAAGAGUUGGCACUGGAAAGGAAUUAUAACAUUAAACACUACCAUGUGUUUUUGUCCAGUGAACUCUUAAUUUAGAGGAGAUACAGUUUUGUAACCACUUUUACUUACCAUGACACAUUUCUAGAAGGGGAACACGUACAAAUUGGUUGUGUUGCUGCUUUGUGUGUGUGAUCAGGGGAAAGGAGUAGGGGAGGAAAGAAGGGGCCAGAAAACUACUUGUACUGUUUUGAUUUUUAUUUUUUUGGAAGAAAGAUUGGAGAAUCUCUUGCAAGAUUUGAAUGUCCUCUUCUAAUACUCUCAAUUGUAUAUCUUGGUUUUUUUAAAUUUGAAGAUUAUAUAAAACAUGUCUAUUCUUGCAAUAGUUAUAAAUAUGUAAUAUAAUUAUUUACCAAGAGCUAUUGUCUUUUAAUUAU